AUGGACGGUUUUAGUUUAGCUGGAGCAGUAAGUGUUGGUACUUUAAUCGCUGCAUAUUUAUAUUUUGGCGGGAGGUUUUCUAUAGCGCUGGUGAUCUUAGUAGGCUAUGGUAUUUAUUGUAAUGAGGCUGGUGGUCAGGUGGAGGAGAAAGUGAUUUCUAGCCCAGAAAAGAAGAAAUCAUGCUGUAGUGAUAAGAAAAAUGCAGAUGGUGAAAAGACUGGUGGAUGCUGCUCUGAAAAGAAGAAAAAUGGCGCCGGUGGUGGUGGAUGUUGUUCCUCGAAAGACGGUAAGAAGAAAAGCGGAGGUGGGUGUUGUUCUUCUAAGGAUGGGAAGAAGGGAAAAGGAGGAGGAUGUUGUUCCUCGAAGAAAAAAACUAGUAACGACGAAGACGAAAACGAAAACGUUGACGUUGUUCCUCAAGUUCAAGAAUCCAAAAACUUCCCUGUGACAGUAGAUUUUACGGAUGUAUUCAAGAAACCCACUAAGAAGAGAUCUGGAACUCCCAAGGUAUUUUCCAAGAAUAACUCAUCAAAAUCCAAAAUAGGUAAAAAAUUAAGUGUUUCAAAGAAAAUUGGUCAGGAUGGAUUGAUUAAGACUGCUCUUACUAUCUCAAACGAAACGCUUUUGAGUUCCCAGAUAUAUGUGCUGUAUAGUUCCUUGCAAGGUGCAGCUUCCAAAGCUGCGACGACCGUUUUCGAUAAACUAACAGGACUAGAUGAAUUAGUUAACAAACCAAAACUUUUGAACCUUGAUGACCUAUCCGACUUUGAUGACUAUUUUGUGGACGUCCCCGCUGAAAAUGCCCUCUAUGUUCUUGUUUUACCCUCUUAUGAUAUCGAUUGUCCCUUGGACUAUUUCCUACAAACUUUGGAAGAGAAUGCUAAUGAUUUCAGAGUAGAUAGUUUUCCACUGCGCAAGUUGGUUGGUUAUACAGUUCUUGGACUUGGUGAUUCUGAAUCAUGGCCUGAAAAAUUUUGUUACCAAGCUAAGAGGGCUGAUCAUUGGAUUUCUCGUUUAGGUGGCAGAAGGAUUUUCCCUCUUGGUGAAAUCUGUAUGAAAACGAGCGGAAAUACAAAAAUUGAUGAAUGGACUUCAUUGUUAGCGGAGACGUUGAAGGAUGAUGAACCGAUCAUUUAUGAAUACGACGAAAACGCAGAUUCCGAAGAAGAUGAAGGAGAAGAAGAUAACGGUAGUGAUGAAUUGGGCGAUGUGGAAGAUAUUGGCGGUAAAGAUAACAACGGAAAAUUUUCGAGUGCCGAUGAAAUCAAGCAAAUGGUAGCGAAAGAUAGUCCAACAUAUAAAAAUUUGACAAAGCAAGGCUAUAAAGUCAUCGGUUCUCAUUCAGGUGUCAAGAUCUGCAGAUGGACCAAGAACGAACUACGUGGUAAAGGAUCGUGUUAUAAGAAGUCGCUUUUCAAUAUUGCGUCUAGUAGAUGUAUGGAAUUAACGCCUUCUUUGGCAUGCUCUUCUAAGUGUGUUUUUUGUUGGAGACAUGGUACGAAUCCUGUGUCCAAAAACUGGAGAUGGGAAGUAGAUGAACCAGAAUAUAUUUUGGAAAAUGCCCUUAAGGGACAUUAUUCCAUGAUUAAACAGAUGCGAGGUGUGCCUGGUGUCAUUGCGGAAAGAUUCGCCAAGGCGUUUGAAGUUCGUCAUUGUGCCUUGUCUCUUGUUGGUGAACCUAUACUUUAUCCUCAUAUCAACAAAUUUGUUCAAUUACUACAUCAAAAGGGGAUAACCAGUUUUCUUGUGUGUAAUGCUCAACAUCCAGAAGCCUUGAGAAAUAUCGUUAAAGUCACUCAGUUGUAUGUUUCCAUUGAUGCUCCUACAAAGACAGAACUGAAAAAAGUGGAUAGACCUUUAUAUAAGGAUUUCUGGGAGAGAAUGGUGGAAUGUUUAGAAAUUUUGAAAACUGUGCAAAAUCAUCAAAGGACGGUUUUCAGGUUAACUUUGGUGAAAGGUUUUAAUAUGGGUGACGUCAGUGCAUAUGCUGACUUGGUUCAACGCGGAUCCCCAUGUUUUAUUGAAGUUAAAGGAGCUACGUUCAGUGGUUCAUCCGAUGGGAAUGGUAAUCCUUUAACUAUGCAAAACAUUCCGUUCUAUGAAGAAUGUAUAAAGUUUGUGAAGGCAUUUACAGCGGAGUUACAGAGGCGUGGAUUAUAUUACGACAUUGCUGCCGAGCAUGCACACUCCAACUGUUUACUGAUUGCUGAUACUAAAUUCAAGAUAAACGGGGAAUGGCACACUCAUAUCGAUUUUGACAAGUUUUUCGUACUAUUAAACUCAGGCAAAGAUUUCACGUAUAUGGAUUAUUUAGAAAAGACACCUGAAUGGGCUUUAUUUGGGAACGGUGGGUUUGCACCAGGCAACGUAAGAGUGUACAGAAAGGAUAAGAAGAACCAAAACAAGGAGAACCAAGAAAUUCAAAAGAUAAAAGCUCCUCUUCCUCCUAUUCCAGUUUGA